AAUUAAUAUGACCAAAAUUAAAAUCGAAGAUUGGAGGAAAAGUUAUAAAAGAAAAGAAAAACUCCAAACUCAGGAAAAAAAAAUUUUUAAUUAUGAAAAACUCCUAACACCAGAGCACCUUUCAAUAUACCUGAACCAUGAGCAUGCUUUAAAUGCGAAAAGAUUAUUUGAUCUGUUAACACAAAAUCCGUUAUUGGUUUUAUCUCAAACUGAUUUUUGCUGUAUUAGGGAUUAUUUGUAUAUUGUUAUUGGAUUUUCUACUGCAAAUAGAUCUGGAGUAAUUUCAAAUAUGACAACUGGUGAAUUUUUCAAGGCAAAAGAAGUUGAAAAUCUAUGGGUUAUUUCUGUAUGGGACCAUAAAACUGCAAUGGAUUAUGGUCCUGCAGAUGUAAUGAUUGAAGAUGAACAUUAUCAACAACUUAAAAUCUUUGUGAAUUUUGCUAGAAAUAAGGUUACCUCCAAAGGUUUUGAUAACGUUUUUUUAUCCUGGAGCGGGAACAAAAUGAGUUCCGGGGAAAUAAGUGAUCGGCUAAAUAGUCUUUUUACUAAGGUUGGAAUUCGAGAUAAAUCAGCUAAAGCUAGACUUUGUUUUAACGAUUUAAGAAGAUCGACUUCAACUUUUGUAAGAGACAAAAAAAAAGGUUUUGAAGACGUUGUUGCGGAGGCUAUGAAUCAUAGCAAAUUGACUACUGACAAACACUAUAACGUUAAGAACAGAAAACAAAGUGUGGCUAUGGGAACAAAGAUUAUCAGAGACCAUUAUUUUUCUGAGAAUCCUCCCAGUACUCCGAAGAAAAUUUGGUCGAAAGAUGAAACUGAUUUUUUAAAAAAAUCAUUACUUGAAAAGGGUUGCUCUUCCCCUAGUUUAAGUGAAAUAAAAAAUAGUAUUAGCGACUAUGCAAACAUUAAUGCAUCACCAACUCAAAUUUGUAGCAAAUGUCGAAGCUUGAAAAGAUACGAGGGGGACACAAUCAAGAAACUUGAUUCUUCAACUCAACAAAAAUUAUAUCUUUGGGAGAGAGACGAUCUAAAUAUAUUAGUUACCAUUGGAAAAGAAUUUAUUGAUGGUGGUUCCGUUACAAAAAAACGUGUUGAGACGGUUUUAGGUAACACCCCGUUAUUUUCAAAGUUUAAUUUAUCUCAAAUUAGAACAAGAAUAAACUAUGAAAAAACAAAAAAAAAAUACAAAUAAAAAAUAAAUAAACAAGCAUGAUACAAGGUG